AUGAGUUUACAAGCGUCACCAACAGUGCGCGGUGGUGGUGGAGGUAGUAAAGGUGGCAAAUUAAAAGGUACUGAAAAAGCUACCGUACAUUCCUUCAAUGAUUUGGUACCAGCACUUAAAAGUAUCCUAUAUGAUAAAAGUAAUGUACAAUUGGAUAAAAUAUUGUCCGCACUGGAAGCAAAAACUCAAUUACCACGUGAACAACUAACAUAUGGUAUGAUGGGCCUUAUUGCUAUCUAUCUGGCUGUUGGUUCACUGGCACAGCUUGUUUGCAAUUUAAUCGGUUUCGGUUAUCCGGCAUAUGCUUCAGUUAAGGCAAUUCGAACUGAGCAAAAGGACGAUGAUACACAAUGGUUAAUUUAUUGGACGGUAUUUGCAUUUUAUUCACUGAUUGAUUUCUUUGCUGAAGCAAUUAUGCGUGUUGUACCAUUGUAUUGGAUAGUUAAAGUGAUAUUCCUAUUGUACCUAUCUCUACCACAAACUUAUGGCGCUCAAAUUAUCUACGAGAAAUAUCUCGACUCAUUGAUUGCGACGAUAGAAAAAUCUUUCAAAAAAAAAUGA